UUACGCCUACGCUAAAUCGACUGUAAUCCUUACUGUACACAACUGAAUCCUCUGCGGGUAUUUUUAAUUCUUCCUGCGGCUGCAAGCUUUCUCCAAAUACGCUAAAGAAAUGGACAACUCCGGGAAAGAGAAGGAAGCUAUUCAGCUAAUGGCCGACGCUGACAAAAAAGUCAAGUCUUCCGGCUCCUUUUUGGGAGGGAUGUUUGGAGGAGGACAUCACAAAGUAGAGGAGGCAUGUGAGAUGUACUGCAGAGCUGCCAACAUGUUCAAGAUGGUCAAGAACUGGAGCGCUGCUGGAAAUGCUUUCUGCAAGGCUGCCCGUCUGCACAUGCAGCUGCAGAACAAACAUGACUGUGCCACCAGUUUUAUUGAUGCAGGAAAUGCUUACAAGAAGUCUGACCCUAAUGAGGCAAUCAAGUGUUUAAAUGCUGCCAUCGAUAUAUACACAGACAUGGGAAGAUUUACCAUUGCUGCCAAACAUCACAUCAGUAUCGCAGAAGUCUAUGAGUCUGAGCUGGUUGAUAUCGAAAAGGCUAUUGCUCAUUAUGAACAAGCAGCAGACUACUACAAAGGAGAGGAGUCAAACAGUUCUGCAAACAAAUGUCUGCUGAAAGUGGGAUCUUACUGUGCUCAGCUGGAACAAUACCAGAAGGCCAUAGAGAUCUAUGAGCAGGUUGGAGCUAACACGAUGGACAACCCGCUGCUGAAAUACAGCGCCAAAGAGUAUUUUUUUAAAGCAUCCCUGUGUCAUUUCAUUGUUGACGAGCUCAACGCCAAGAUUGCUGUUGAAAAAUAUGAGGAGAUGUUCCCUGCUUUCUCAGACUCCAGAGAAUGCAAGUUGUUGAAGAAACUUCUUGAGGCUCAUGAGGAACAGAACAGUGAGGCCUUCACAGAAGCAGUGAAGGAGUUUGACUCGAUCUCCCGUCUGGACCAGUGGCACACCACCCUCCUAUUGCGCAUCAAAAAGACCAUCCAGGGUGAUGAAGGGGAUCUGAAAUGAAAGAAAUCCAUGGGUGGGAAUGCAGCAUGGAGGGAACAGUUUCAUCACGCAUGCUUUCACACACACGUGCACACAAACACACCUUGCAGUGCACUCUUUCACACUUCCCUCGCCAUUGUCGCACCAGGAGGGGAGUGUUUGCUGACAUUUUUCAACUUUUUUUCCCACUGCUCACUGUUGUAAGAAGCACUAGAUUCUGUUUUUGUUACAAGCUUAUCCAAACCCAGUCAGAAUGUAAAUCCUCUCGCCCUCACCUCUGAUUAGAGGAUUGCUGCACACCUUUUUCAGCUGAAAUCCUCCCUGAGGGGUUUCAGAAUCUAACGCUAGUGCUGACAGGAGGCUCUGCAUGUUUUAUACCUUUUAUUAGUCAGACGCUUUGGGUUUUUUUUUUUUUUACUCAGUUCAAUGUGUAAACCUGUUUUAGUUAUGCAAUGGGCCAGUUUGUUAUGUUAUGUUAGUUGAAACCGAUAAUGAAAUCCAUGCUCUCAGUAUGUUUUUUUUUCCACCAUAUGGAGCGACUACUCUUGAAACGUGGCAACAAUAUGCACAAGUGUUGACUGUUAUAUAUUUAUAUCUGAACAAAUUAAAUCAUGAUUUUAUUACUUUUAUUAAAACUCUAGGAUGUGUUUGCUGUAAGAUUUAUGGUUUAAAUGUAAAAAGCAUUCCUUUUAAUUAAAGAGAACUGACACGACGCCCUUUACUCUUUAUUUCUAGGGCGGUAAUCUUGGGUUAUGUACGUUAAAAGUUGCUUGAAUGUGUUUUUUGAUGUAGUGCACCUUCCAAACAACCAGUUGCUUAGCAUGUCAUUGUGUGGUGUAGAUUCACUAGUGUUAGCAACACCAAAGGUUUUACAAAAGGAAUCAGAAACUCUGUACUCACCUUCCAUUCAGAACAAUGGGCCGUGGACAUGAAAUGUAUGCCUGUUUAAAUUAAAAAUAAAAACAAUAAAUUCAA